AUGGAUGCCGCAAUGGAUACAGCAUCUUAUCAGAUCCAAAUCAAUGAUCAACCAGUCACCGUGAUAGAGACCAAGCAGUUGGAUCCGCAACGCAGCAGACUGUUACGCUUAAAAAUCAAAUCCGCGGUCGAUCUGCCAGAAACAAUAAUCGUUAAACAAAAGCGAGAGUAUGAAGAGGCGAACGAGUUCCAAUGUGAGAAGGAAGCCUACGAGAGGUUACAAGAGCUUCAAGGGGUGGUAAUUCCGAUAAUGCUUGGGGAAGGCCUAUUCUGUGGAGUUCCAGCGCUAUUUCUUUCGGAAGUUGAUGGGAAAAAUCUGCAUGAUCUGGCUCGCAACAGUGAUUUGGAUAUUGAAAUGGGAGCUUUGGAGGCUGAACUUGGAUUAUCGCUCGAUGCAUUUUCCAAGAAGGGGGCUGUCUAUUGGGACCAGAGACUGGAUAAUUUCAUGCUUUGCCAAAGUGGCAAGGUCAUGGUCAUCGAUCUUGAGCACGUGAAGUUUCCUAAAACCCUUUUUCCUUGGGAAACUACCAUUAACUCGGCUGGUGUGUCUUCCCUAUUGAGCCGAUUCAAAGACACUAGAGAGCCGAAUCGCCCUUCAACCCCGGUGGCCUUUUGGAACAAAACGAAAAUAGGCGAAUCAGUUCCUUCUGUUUCUUUUCCAGCAUUAGGAUAG